AUGGCCGACAAACUCCGAACCCUCCAGAACUUGGAGUCUCUACAGACCCGCUACAUUGGUACUGGUCAUGCCGAUACGACCAAGUACGAGUGGACCUCCAACAUCAUUCGUGACAGCUACUCUUCCUACGUCGGCCACAACCCGAUGUUGACCUACAUGUCUAUCGGUCUGGGUCAACCCAAGGAGAAAGUCCGGGCAAUGAUGCUUGAGAAGAUGGUUCGAGGCGCUGGAAACCCUCCAGAGGCUCCGGAGGACCGAUGA